AUGUCGCAAUCAGUACAGCCUAUCAUAAAAAUUUUCACACCACCUUCGUCUCCACCUACAAUGAUAGGACAAGACGAGUGGGAUAGUGUUGACGAUUUUUCCGUGGAUUCUUUGCAUGCUGAAGUGUCUUCUACUUCCACUUCACAAAGCACUUUUAUUCCUAGUUCACCUCCCGAAGAAAUAAACGGCGAUGAGCUUCCUAAUGAUUAUGAUGUACCCAAGAAUCCUUCAACCGAGCUUCUACAAAAAAUGGGGGUCAAAAAAAUAUAUUUAACGAAUUCUAUAUGGAUGCUUGGAAUAGAAUAUGAAUUUCCGGAGGAUUGCGGAUCCGUCAACCUUCCAAAAUUUGAUCGAGAUGAGAAAGCUCGAAGUAGUCGGGCGUCUUCAUUUUUAAAUUUAGUGUUCGGAUCAUCUGAAGAAGAAGAAGAUUAUGAUGAUAUGUCUGUACAUGAUCUACAUCAUAAUGAUGGUCCUGUUCAAUCACAUAAAAUAGGCAAGUUUCGUUCUUGUCCGCAAACUACGUGUGGUGUUGACGGUCAGAAUUUAAGUGUGCCUCAUUCAACAAAAGUAACUCCCAAAGUUACUAUCAGCUCGUCGUCGACGCCAAAUAUAGUUAUCCAACGUUUAAGGUCAUUAUCGUUCUCCCAAAAAUCUCCUCCACCUGAAAAUAAAUCAUAUCCAGAUUUAUUGCAUUCAAAUAUUGAGAAUCGUGUUAACUCUGGAUCUUCGAACUCCGCGUAUCAUAGGCAAGCUGGUAAACGCUUUCAUUCGUUUUCGUUCGACAAAAUAUCCGAUUCUUCAGAUAUUUCACAAACGGAUUCAAAAUGUUCAUCCGCAAUUAAAGCUGAUAAUUCAAAGCUCUCACCUCCAUCGAACAACCAUUUACAAGCUCAAAAUUCAAGGCGAUCUUCAAUUACUUCAAAUUUUUUACGUACCUUUUCAAUUUCAAAUCAAGGGAUUGAACCUUCAAAUGUCAUUGCUCACGGUGUCUUUUCGUCAAAGCCAAAAAAGCCUCGUAGAAUGACUUUUUCUGGAAUUUUCUCUGGUAAGGAGAAAAAUAAGCAUGGUAAUUCUUCACGGAAAUUAUAUCCACAUGCAGAAAUAGAAGGUGAUUUGGAUUCUAAAUUUUUUGGAAAUGAGUCAAAGCUUAAGUACACAAGUUUUGAAGAUAUUGAUAAUUCUAGAAAUCAGAUCGCCGAAGUUUCAUAUUCUGAAGAUAUAUUAUAUAGCUCUGGAGAUAGUGAUGAUAGCGACACCAACACAAGAACUGAAGAAGUUGAACCGGAUGCACUUUCUGGUGACAAUAUUUCUGUGGAAACCGUAACAAGGGAGUCAAUUGCACGAAGAGAAGUCAAACGUUUUGAUUUAUCUAGAGAUUCUGAUAACGUUAAAGUUGUCUUGGAUGAUAAUUUACAAUCACAAAAAACAAACUUGCAAGCUAAUACAAAUACUUGGCAUGAACGAAAGUUAUCCGAUACUGGAUCUGUUCGGUCAACUGGCUCAUUUCAAUCAAUAUCAACACCAACUAGUCUUUAUAAGCCUGACUCACUUGAUCCAUUGUCACUAAAUCAGAAAAAGUUGAUGGACUUUUAUUUGGACUUUCAGUCGAGAAUUUUUUGUUGUUAUCGGAAAGAUUUUCUUCCUAUUGAGCCGGCUUUUCAUACCACCGAUACAGAGCCUGAACAAUACUAUUCUAUUCAUAACAUCGCACGUACGGGUAUUGUAUUUGAUAAGAAGAUUGGUGAUUGGUUUGGUCCCGCUACUGUAGCGCACGUAUUAAAGUAG